AUGUUCACUCAAACUGAAUCACAGAAAGGUAGCUUCCUGGAGCAGACGAAGGCCGCACGGGAGGAACGAGCGCUGGAAAAGCGUCGUGAGAAUGCGGCCAUUCUGUUGCAAUCCACACUGAAAAAAUAUGUAGCGCGUAGCCAAUACCAAAAGCGAAUAAUUAAAGACUUCGAUGAACUAUUUGUGGGUUGUCCAACGUCCGAACAGGAUGAUAGAGAGCUGGAUCUGGUGGCUGCUACGGUUUAUCCGGUGCUUCGUCGCUAUCUUACUCAAAUCAAAUUGGACAAGAGCGAUGGGAGAGCCCGCGAACGCUUGGAACGCAUUUGUCGUUAUCUGAACAAAGCCAUGGAGGUGGAGAACCCAAAGCUUUCGUAUGCCGCCCUCUGUUUACACAAGGAACGCAGCUUGCCGUGGAUUGCGCACAUAAAGCUCCUGCUGACGAACUGUCUGCAGUUUUUGACAGAACUUAAGCCCGAAAAUCAUGCCGAUAGCAUAUCGCUUGCCCUAUUUCUGCACACGCUGAUCGUCUUUACAGCGCCCAAGUCUUGGGCCAUUCUGCGCAAUCCUCAAUUUGAACGUCUCCAACCCGCUAUGCAAAAGGUCUGUUGCAAUAUUCAAGGUCAUUUAGUGACGCACAAUUUUUAUAAAACAAUGCGGGUCAUACUAUUGAGGGGCACUGCACGUGAGGAAUUGACUGUGAAGCCUGUGACCCUGGUGGGGAUUAUAACGCUCUGCUUGCGUCCGCUGAUCGAUGGCGACUUUAGCCGCAAUCUUUUGUCCCAAUUCCUCACCGAGAUAUUUUCAGUUCCGGCGCUUAUUUAUCAUCUGCAUCAGAGUGUGCCACAAUGCAUUGAGCAGUUCUCAUCGAUAUGGCUGCUUAAGCGAGCGCUCAGCAUAUCAGAAGAUUUUCAAUGGUUUGAGGAGUUCGGGGCUAGUAUGCCCGGCACCAUUGCGUUGGCCUUUUUGGCCAACAUUGUAAAUAUGUUUAACAUUGACAAUAUGGCCGAGGCUAAGCUGCUGGCCUACCCACUACUAACUGAUACCACCACAUCGCUGCUAGAGCUGAUACCUAAUACAGUAACCACCAAAGGCGUUUUUACGCAAUGGCACGAGCUACUGGGCUGGCACACACCUUGCGCUGAGCCGGCACAGAAUCAAAAUGUUGCCCUAAUUAAGAAACAAUUUCACAUGUUGUGGGACCAUCGUUGCAUCAAAUUGCUGCUUGGCGAUCUGCUAAAGGAGAUCAAUGAGAACUAUGAACGCAUUGAGUUCCAACCACCACCACAGCCAUCGACUAGCAAUUUGUUGCGUCGCGCUUUAGAGCGCAGUUCGACACGCGGUGCUCACCUCAUCAGUGGCGGCAGUGCGGGCAAACAGGCGAAGCAUCACUGGCGCAAGCUCGAUAACAACGAUGUGGUACAGGUGGCGCGCAUCUGUGGCAUGUACUACGCAGCACUCAAUACGCUCUCCCAAAUGAAGCUGGACAUAUUGACUGGCAUCUGUUACAACGAUAAUGUGCUUUUCGAUAUUUGGUUGUUGUUGACCUCCCUGGGUCCGAAUUGUGGCAUGAAGGAUUUCCUGGAGAUGCUCAAGGGGGAGACAUCGUUACAAAAACCCCAGACAGCUAUGCUGAUGCUAUUCUGCGACUGCAUGACUCAUUAUGUGACCAUUCUGGACGAAUACGAAAUGUACACCGAGCAGAAUCCUUUUCGCCUCAACGAUUACGUCAUGCUCACAUAUUUUCUCAAUAACAUGCUUUAUAAGCUAAUCAACGACAACAUAUUGGGCGCCAAAAACAUUGUACAAAAUCCAGUCUUUAUGUCGCUGCAUACGCUACUACUUUGUCUUUAUCGACGUGACUGCCGACGUCCAUUUACGCCAACCAAUCACUGGCUAAUACCCGAGGUCAAGCCAUCCAAUUUCAUAAAUGAUCUUGAGAAAGCCAAACGGAAUGCUAUGCUCUUGUUGGCUAAAAUGCCACAUAUCAUUCCACACGACGAUAGAGUGAAGCUCUUUCGGAAAUUUGUGCAGAACGAAAAGGCUGUCAUGGGUCUUACGGAGAGCGCUUGCGCAUCGCCCCGUUCCGCCCUAAUUGUCAUACAUAGAGACCGUAUUGUGGAGGAUGGGUAUCGACAACUAGCCGCGCAGCCGACGCACGCUUUAAAAGGCGUAAUACGCGUACGUUUCAUUAAUCAGCAGGGUCUGCAUGAGGCUGGUAUUGAUCAGGAUGGCGUUUUUAAAGAAUUCCUUGAGGAGACUAUCAAAAAAGUGUUUGAUCCAUCAUUGAAUCUGUUCAAAACAACAUCGGACCAACGGUUAUAUCCAUCGCCCAUCUCCUACGUGCAGGAUAACCAUUUGCAGCUGUUUGAGUUUGUCGGUCGCAUGUUGGGGAAGGCAGUCUAUGAAGGAAUUGUUGUCGAUGUGCCCUUUGCAUCGUUCUUUCUGUCACAGCUGCUGGGACAGACACAGCAGGCUCUAUACUCCUGCAUGGAUGAGCUUCCCUCCCUGGACAACGAACUUUAUCGCAGCUUGACGUUCAUCAAACACUACAAGCAAGACGUGGCUGAUUUAAAUUUAACUUUCUCAGUGGAUCAGGACGUCAUGGGCAAGAUAGUGACACACGAGCUGCAUCCGGGCGGCAAGGCACGCGUGGUCACCGAUCAUAAUAAGCUCGUCUACAUACACUACAUGGCUUACUUUCACAUGAACACCCAAAUACGCGAGCAAACGCAGGCGUUCAAUCGCGGAUUUCGCAGCAUUGUGAAUCCGGAGUGGUUGUCCUUGUUCUCACCCCCCGAACUGCAGCGCCUGAUAUCUGGCGAUACGGCGCCGCUGGACUUGCGAGAUCUGCGCAAGCACACACAGUAUUAUGGAGGCUUUCAUGAUUCGCAUCGUGUGGUUGGUUGGCUGUGGGACAUUCUAGCUAAGGAUUUCACGGAGGAGGAGCGCAAAUUAUUCUUAAAGUUUGUGACGAGCUGCUCGAAGCCGCCGCUUUUGGGAUUUGCGCAUUUGGAGCCUCCAUUUUCCAUACGCUGCGUGGAGGUGGGCGAUGAUGAGGACACGGGCGAUACCAUAGGCAGUGUGAUACGCGGUUUCUUUACCAUACGCAAAAAGGAUCCCCUUAAUCGUUUGCCCACCUCAUCCACCUGCUUUAAUUUGCUGAAGCUGCCCAACUAUCAGAAGAAGUCGACGCUGCGCGAUAAACUGCGCUAUGCAGUCAGCAGCAAUACUGGUUUCGAGCUAUCCUAA